AUGACAUUCGGCGCUGUAUGUUCGCCAGCAUCAGCCCAGUAUGUAAUGCGAAGAAAUGCAGACAAAUUCCGGCACAGCGCGCCAGAUGCAGUUACUGCAAUCCAUGACAAGCACUACAUGGACGACUACUUCGACUCGAUGCCGACGGCAGAAGAAGCAGCCCAACGGAUCAAGGAAGUGAGUCAAAUCCAAGAAGCCGGAGGCUUCUCCAUCAGAGGCUGGGUCAGCAACUCACCUGAUGCUCUUGCUGCCGUACCCCCAGAUAUAUGCUCACCAUCAGUAGUCACUAUUAGCGGCGACAACGAGACCGUAGUGGAGAAGACGCUCGGUCUGAAGUGGUUGCCAGGAGAAGACGCGUUCGGCUUUCGUCUGAGCCGUAGACUGGAGCAAAGCAACACAACAGAAGUGACAAAACGUGAAGUCCUACGCAAGCUGAUGUCUGUGUUCGACCCCCUUGGUUUCUUCACCUACUACACCACGUCGGCUCGCAUUCUGCUACAAGACAUUUGGCGCACAGGCGUCGGAUGGGACGAGCCCCUACCAGGACCUCUCGUCCAAAGAUGGACGGACUGGUGGACGGGAGUGCACAACCUCGGAAGCAGGUCAAUUCCGCGUUGCUACUGCACGGCUAUUGCGGACAGAAAGGACCUGGAGCUUCACGUGUUCGGAGACGCCAGUGAGUCGGCAUUCGCCGCAGCAGCCUACUUCAGGCUAUCGCUACCUGAUGACAGCACCAGAGUCGCAUUCGUGUUUGGCAAGUCCCGAGUUGCACCACUGAAACCCAUAUCCAUACCGCGGCUGGAGCUGCAAGCUGCACUGAUGGCCAGCAGAAUGGCCGACACUGUCCGGAAAGAGCAUGAUCUACCUAUCGACUGCAUCGUGCUCUGGAGUGACUCUAUGACUGCCCUACGAUGGAUCCGAGCAGACGCCCGGCGAUUCAAGCCAUUCGUAGCACAUCGUAUCAGAGAGAUUGAGGAGCUCACUGAUGUAUCGCAAUGGCGGUGGGUCCCGACACACAGCAACCCAGCAGAUGCAGCAACCAGAGCCCCACCUGAGACAUGA